CGGCCCGACCGAACCGAACCAAUGCUUCUACGGCGAUUCUCCGGCGCAGGAUCGGUUUCGGCAGGGCGCAAAAACGCCACUAUAAAAGGGCCACCGUGCCAGCCAGCCAGCCAGUCGCUAGUCGUCCUUGUGCAUCCCGUUUCGGUGCAAGCAAAGCGAAGCGAGCUCGGUGUUGCAAGCAAACAGGCAGCUGCCAGGGAGCCGGAAGUUGGAGCUGGUUGGAAGGUGGCAGCAGCGGGGAAAGGGUGGGCCCAGUGGUAGUGAAUGCAACUGACGGUUACAAGUGUGUGCCGUGCCCCCUGUUUACGUGCAAAGUACGCAGUGGUGUGGUUGUGAAAAUAAAACAAAAGCACUAAGGCCAAGUUGGGUGGGUUUGGUCGUUCAAAAUUACCUCCGGACACGUGGACAGUACAGUGUUGUUGUACAUAAAUCAGUAUGUAGCGGUGCAAAAUGACUGCUGAACGAUACGCUUGCAGCAGUGGAUGAGUUGAGUGGUUUUGGGGGCAAAAUUGCAGCAAACUAGAACAUGAUCACAUUUGAGGUGUAAAGCUACGUUUUCAAAGGGAAGGAAGCGUUUGGUAGAACGAUCAACAGACAACAGGGCGGUACAAGUUGUUGUAGUGGAGUUUCAAAAGGAGCCGAUAUCUAUACCCAACUGUUAGUAGACAGAGAGUGAGUGAGACGGUGCACCCGUUGCGGUAAGCAAGCUGGAUGUUCGAGCUAGAUGAUCCACGGGAGAAGCUGAGACUGCUGGAAACGCCAGUGAAGUGCACGGACAGCAGCAAGUCCGGAUCAGAUUCCAUCGAAGGGGACGCACUGAAGGAGCUGAACGGUGGAGCGGAAAACGGCGUCGGCGGUGAUAGUGAGGGAACCGCCCUGGCGAUGACCACCAUCGGCCAGAUCAAGGCGAAGGGCCGGCCGGGUCUGCUGCCACGGAAUGGGGCCGGCGGCGGUGGUGGUGGUGGCGGUGGUGAGCUGGACGAUGGCGAGGAGCGCGAAACCUGGAGCGGGAAGGUGGACUUUCUGCUGUCCGUCAUCGGGUUCGCCGUCGAUCUGGCCAACGUGUGGCGCUUUCCGUACCUCUGCUACAAGAACGGUGGUGGUGCCUUCCUCAUACCGUACGGCAUAAUGCUGGUGGUGGGUGGCAUCCCCCUGUUCUACAUGGAGCUGGCGCUCGGCCAGUUUAACCGGAAGGGUGCCAUCACCUGCUGGGGCCGGCUGGUGCCACUGUUCAAGGGCAUCGGGUACGCGGUCGUGCUGAUUGCGUUCUACGUCGAUUUCUACUACAACGUGAUCAUCGCUUGGUCGUUGCGCUUCUUCUUCGCCUCCUUCACGGACAGCUUGCCGUGGACGCACUGCUCCAAUGCCUGGAACACGGUCGAGUGUAAGCCGUUCGGGUACAUCAACAGCACGGCAGCGACGGUGGUGAAUCGGACCGGUGUGCUGGCGGCUAACGUUACCGGCACGGUUAGCACCAUCAACGAUACCAAGUUUGCAUCGGCCGCCUCCGAGUACUUCAACCGCUACAUUCUCGAGCUGGACAAGAGCGAAGGCAUUCACGAUCUCGGUGCGAUCAAGUGGGAUAUGGCACUCUGUCUGCUGGCCGUGUAUCUCAUCUGCUACUUCUCGCUCUGGAAGGGCAUCAGCACAUCGGGGAAGGUGGUCUGGUUUACCGCCCUGUUCCCGUACGCCGUGCUGCUGAUUCUGCUCGUCCGCGGCAUCACACUUCCCGGUUCGGCCGAGGGCAUUCUGUACUACCUGCGGCCCAACUUUGACGUCAUCUACAAUGCGGAAGUGUGGGUCGAUGCGGCGACGCAGGUAUUCUUCUCGCUCGGUCCUGGCUUUGGAGUGCUGCUGGCGUACGCUUCGUACAACAAGUAUCACAACAAUGUGUACAAGGACGCUCUGCUGACUAGUUUGAUCAACUCGGCCACCAGCUUCAUUGCUGGGUUUGUAAUCUUCUCCGUGCUUGGUUACAUGGCACACGCGAGCGGCCAAAGCAUCCAGGAUGUGGCGACCGAAGGGCCGGGGCUUGUGUUUGUUGUGUACCCGGCAGCGAUCGCCACCAUGCCGGGAAGCAUCUUUUGGGCGUUGAUAUUCUUCAUGAUGCUGCUAACGCUUGGACUGGAUAGCUCGUUCGGUGGAUCAGAAGCGAUCAUCACAGCGUUGAGUGACGAAUUUCCCAAGAUCGGCCGCAACCGAGAGAUCUUUGUGGCGGUCCUGUUCUCGCUGUACUUUGUCGUCGGGUUGGCUAGCUGUACGCAGGGUGGAUUUUACUUCUUCCAGCUGCUGGAUCGUUAUGCGGCGGGGUACUCCAUCCUUAUAGCUGUAUUUUUUGAAGCGAUCGCUGUGUCUUGGAUUUAUGGCACGGAGCGAUUCUGCAAUGACAUCAAGGACAUGAUUGGCUUUGCACCCGGCAUCUACUGGCGCGUUUGCUGGAAGUUUGUCGCACCACUGUUUCUGCUGUUCAUCAUCAUCUACGGGCUGAUCGGGCACGAGCCGCUCAGCUACGAGGACUACGUGUAUCCGUCCUGGGCCAACGUGCUUGGCUGGUGUAUAGCCGGAUCGUCCAUGAUCAUGAUACCGCUGAUGGCAAGCUACAAGCUGAUCGUGACGCCGGGAAGCUUGCGACAACGCUUGAAGAUCCUGACCACGCCCUGGCGCGAUCAGCAAAUGGCCGUCAAUGGGGUAUCGAUCGAGCCGGCCCAAGUGCGCCUAACGCACUCCGACGAAGGAGAGGAGGUUUGA